AUGGCUCCCAAAAAGAACGCCCGCGACCGUCCCACCACGCCGACCCCCGCCGUCGCCGCAGCCCAGGACGCCGCCCCUGCUGCUUCUUCUCCUGCUCCCGCUCCCGCAGCCAAGACGAGCACCAAGGGCCGCGCCAACUGGGACGAAGUCAUGCUCAACAUCUACCAGUACUAUAUGAAGGAGACGCCGCAGCGGACCAAGCUGAUUGAUGUGUUUUUGUCGUUUCUGGUGGUCGUUGCUGCGUUGCAGUUUCUGUACUGCGUCCUCGCUGGCAAUUAUCCGUUUAAUGCGUUCUUGUCCGGUUUUUGCGCUACGGUCGGGCAGUUUGUUUUGACGGUUUCACUGCGGAUACAGACGACUGCGGUGAAUAAGAGUGACUUUCCGUCCGUUUCGCCUGAGAGGGCCUUUGCCGAUUUUGUGGUUUGCAGCCUCAUCUUGCACUUUUUCUGUGUCAACUUUAUCAACUAG